AUGCCGAUUCUCCUCCAAUUCCAUUCACCUUCAAAUUCUUCCUCUCAGUCACUGAUUCCUCCGGCAAUGGCACCAGCACUGCCAACGUCGGCCAACUUCAACAACAAUCGAUUGAUGUCCGGGAAGCUCGAGUUCGUCGAUUCAACAUAUUUUCCCGAUAAUGGUGAAUAUGCAGAAAAGGAAAAACAGAUAUCGGUAGAUCCAAUAUCAUUGAGAGAAUCAUCAGCAAGAGAGGACAUAAUCGUCGAUCCUCUCACGGCUCCCGACGUUGCCGAUCUUCACCUGCCGCCGCCGCUACCUCCGACGCAAUUCAAAUUUUUAAGCUACAGUCUACCAAAUUCCGUCAAUUCCUCUCCCCGAUUCGGUUUAAUGAAAAAGAAAGGAAAAAUCGAAAAUCAAGUAUCGUUACUUAAAGUCUCCAAUUCGACGAAACUCAAUUCGCCGGUUCAGGAUUUAGGGAUUGCUCUGCAAGAGGAUACUCAAUUUCGAAGGAGCAAAUCGUGUGGCGAAGGCAGAGCAAGUGCUCCAGGCGACGAUUUGGAUCUGUGGUUAAACAAAGCUAAAUUUCCAGAAACGAAAAGUUACAACGAUGAUUUCUCGAAGACUGAAUCGAACAAGAAAUUAGAGGCUUCCGAUGACGGAUUUAACUGCGGAGCACUCUGUUUGUUCUUACCGGGAUUCAGCAAAGGGAAAUCCAUUAAGUCAAUUAGAAAGGAAGAAGAAACAGAGAUAGAAAAAGCGAGGAUAUCGAAGACUGAGAUUGGAAGUGUGAUAUCAAGGACAGUUUCAAUGGAGAAAUUCGAAUGUGGAUCAUGGGCUUCCUCUGUUUUGCCAAACGAUAAUGGUGAAGAUGAAGCCAGUAACAGCCUUUUCUAUGAUCUGCCAUUGGAGUUAAUUAGAAAUAGUGUGGAUGCAAACACACCAGUAAAUGCAGCUUUCAUCUUUGAUAAAGAUCAGAAGGGAGUUACAAAGAACAAUUCAUCGUCAAAAUUAGUUCGAAAAUCGCACGAAUCGCUGUCUCAUUGUGCUCGAUUUUCGGCAUCGUCUCCUUCUUCGGGACCAUCCUCACCAGGUUCUUGCAUUACUCCUAGAUUGCGUAAGGCAAGAGAGGAGUUCAACGCCUUCCUUGAAGCCCAAAGUAGUGCUUAAGAAUUGAACUAUGUUUAGGUACUUAGUUGAUAACUCA